UUUAUUCUUUAUUAUAUUUCUCUCUUUUUUUGGGGAAAAAAGAAAAAGAAAAAAGAAAAGAAAAAAGAAAAGUAAAAGAGAAAAAGUUUGGAAUACUUGGAUACUGAAUUGGGAUCUAUUCAUCAUUUAAAUACACAAAAAAACUUUUUCCCUCGUUCUGUUCUCCUCCUUGUUCUUCUACUACUUCUGAUAAACAAAAGACGGAUGAAUGUAAUGUAAACUACUUAAACAAUUACAAAAUUCCAGUCUACUAAUUACUAUUUAGUAGUAAAUUCAUAGAAAACAUUGAAACUUCCACACCAAAAAAAUUUUUCUGUUUUUUCUUCAAUGUGUGAAGAGGUAUCAACAACCGAACUCACCUUAGCAACUAAAAAUGAUGAGGAUAAUAAUGAUGAUAAUACAAUGAAAUCAAAUGAUUAUCUGAAUGGAUUAACAUUAUCCACAUGUUGUCCACCAUCAUCAACAGAAUUAUCAACUCCAUUACUUAUGAUCACUAGUCCAAAUGAUACUGUUCCAUUGGAUAAAUUAUAUAAUAUGGAUGAUAUAUGUUAUCAUGAUGAACAUCAACAACAAGGAAUGGAUAAUCUAACCGUAGAUAGACCACAUUUAUAUUGUAUAAGUCCUUCUGAUAAGGAUCAUGUGACAAUACAUUCAUCUAUGAAUAAAAUAAGACGACAUAGUGAUCAAGGUAAUAGAUUAUCAUUAAAACAAUCUAAUCUAUCUAGUAUAUAUAAACGACAAAGUUUAUUUAAUAUUAAUACAAAUACUACUAAUAAUAGUAGUAGUGGUAAUAGUAAUACUACUAAUAAUAGUAAUAAUAUACAUGACUUUUAUAAAACACGUUUAUAUCCACCGACAAGAUUAAAAAAUUCUUCAUCAUCUAAUGUGGAUUUAUUAGCUGAAGCUAUAUUGAAAAUGCAUGGAACAUUGAAUUUUCCAGACAAUGAUUCUAUCCAUAAAUCUAAAUUAGAUAGUCGACGUUCAACAUUAAGCUCUAUAUCAACAACAUGUUUUCCAUUAAAUUUUCGUCAUUUAAAAAGAAAAUCAUGUUAUGAUGAAAAUAUAAAAUUUAAUGAAAUGACACUACCCCUUCAAAAGAUCGAUCAACCAACUAACGGUACUAAUAAUGAUGAUGGUGAAGGUGGUGGUGAUGAUGGUGACAAGUUAAUUUCUAGGAAUCAAACAAAUACCAUGGUAACACCUAUUUGUAAAGUGAAUUAUGAUGUAGAUGAGAAAAUGUGUAUAAAUCCGAUGCAACAAAAAUAUUGUUUAAAAUAUCAUUCAUCUAAUUUAGAAAUACCUAAUCAAUAUAAUGAAACUAUAUCAUCAAGUAUAGAAACUUAUCCAGAAUCAACAAAUCAAAUAUCACUUCAUGUACCAAAGUUACCAUCCAUGAAUAAAAGUUUAAGUAAUGAUUGUGAACUAUCAUUACGUAUAAGAAGAGUAUCAAUGAUAUUACAAAGUAGACAAGAUAUGACAUCACAUUCAUGUAAUAAUCAAUUGAAUCAAAGUAUUGAUUAUGGUACAAGUAAAUUGAAUACUUCUGGAUCUUCUACAAAUCCUUUAAAAAAGAAUAAUCAUAAUGAUUUAAUCAUAGAACAUAUAAAUCCUAUUGAUGAUAGUCCUGUCGUGAAGAAAAGUAGAACAUCUCCUGAAGUGAUUCAAUCCACAUUAUCCAAGAAUACUCCUACUACUCCUACUACUACUACUAUUACUAGUACUACUAAUAAUAAUCUAUUGAAUACUUAUGAAAAGGGAUCCAAUAAUAAAUUAGCCAAUAAAAAUUUAUUAUUAUUUAAUAAAUUUAAAAAACCAUCAUCAUCACCACCAGCACAACAACAACAACAACAUUUAACUGAUAAAUUAUCUAAAGGUAUUGGAUAUCAUCUUGGUAGAAGACGUCGUUUAUUAGAGAAUCGUAGAAGAAUGGCUGAUUUUGCAUUGGCAUUUAGUAUAUUUGGUAUAAUUGCAGCAUUUCUUGAUAUUGAAUUUAUAUCACGCUCAUUAUAUAAUAAAAAUAGUAUUUAUUCAACAACUAUGAGAAUCCUUAUCACUUUUUCAACAAUCAUACUUCUACUACUUAUAAUAUGUUAUCAUACAUAUGAUAUAAUGGUGUUUCUAUGUGAAGAAUAUACAAAAGAUUGGAGAAUAUGUGUUACUAAGCAUAGAAUUAUACAAAUUAUUACAGAAUUAUUGAUUUGUUCUAUACAUCCAUUUCCUGGUAUUGAUUUAUUUUUUAAUCAUUCAUUCCCAGUAACUAAUUAUAUUAAUUAUAAACGUAAUUAUCCAUUAACAACACAUCAUUUAAGUGAUCAUUUUAGUCCAUAUUUAUUAUUAAUAUUACCAAUGUUAGGUAGAUUAUAUUUAGCAUUAAGAGCAUUAUUAUUACAUUCAAGAAUGUUCAAUGAUGCUGGUUCAAGAAGUAUUGGAGCAUUUAAUAAAGUCAGUUUCAAUUUACAAUUUGUAUUGAAAACUUUAAUGACAUUAUGUCCAGCUAAAGCAUUACUUGUUUUUAUUACAACAAUAUGGAUAAUAUUCAGUUGGACAUUAAGAGCAUGUGAAUUGGAACAAGGUGAUAAUCAUUUAUCAUUAUUAAACUCAGCUUGGCUUAUAUCUGUUACAUUCUUGAGUAUUGGUUAUGGUGAUAUUGUACCACAUACGAGUUGCGGUAGAUUAAUUGCUGUAGCAACUGGACUUAUGGGUUCCGCUUGUACUGCAUUAUUAGUUGCUGUAUUUUCAAAAAAAUUAGAAAUGACCAAAGCUGAAAAACAUGUACUACAUUUUAUGGAAUCUAGUAAACUAACCAAAAAAGUUAAACAUUGUGCAGCUAAUGUACUCCGUGAAACUUGGUUAUUAUAUAAACAUGCCAAAUUAAUGCCAACAUUUAAUUCACAUCGUGUUAGAGCACAUCAACGUAAAUUCUUACAAGCUAUAUACAGAUUAAGAACAAUGAAAGUGAAACAACGUGAACUACAAGAUAAAUCAAAUUCUUUAGUGGAUUUAGCAAAGCUUCAAACAAACGUUUAUGAAAGAGUUGCUGAUAUAUCAUUACGUCAAGAGGAUUUUCAAAAUCAACUUACAACAAUUGAAGAUAUGCUCAAAAGUAUACAGAAAGCAUUAAUACAACGGAAUAUGAUCAAUUCUGGUACGGUAGAUAACAGAUGAAUUCAAACUCAAAUGAAUUGUAUAUUAUAUUAUUUAUCUUUCAAUGUAAUUUUAUAAAACAAAUUCGAUACAAACUCUGUUCAUAAAUGUAUAUUACCUUGCUUACUUACUUACCUACCUACCUACUCAGCUACUUACUUAACUACCCACUUACUUACCUAUCUACCUACUUACCUAUCUAUUUACUUACCCAUCUACCUACUUACCUACUUAUCUACCUACCUACCUACCUAUUUACUUAAUCACUUCCUUCCUUCCUUUCUUACCAACCUACUUACUCACUUACCUACUUACCUACUUACUUACUUAUUUACGUACUUACCUACUUACUUAGUCACUUACUUCCUUACUUACUUACUUGCCUACUUACUUACUUACUUACAUACCCACAUACCUACUAUUACCCACCUACCUACCUGACUACUGACUUACCUACCUACCUACUUACUUAUUUACAUACCUACCUACCUACCUACUUACUUACUUACUUACUCACCUACUUACUUACCUAUUUACCGAUUUACUUACUUACCUUCUUACUUGUAAAUGUAUCUAUAUACAUAUAAAUUUUCACAAUGUUUCGAAUUGUAUUUAGCCGUAUAACUUAGUUAUAUAUAAAUGAAUGAAUGAUUUCUUUAUUUUAUUUUUUUGUGAUAUAAAUAUACAAGUAUAUAUAUGA